AUGGGUCUAUAUUUGGACCUAAUGACAACAGCCCCAAAAGUGGAAUUGACUGAGAAUUUAUUCAGGGCCACUAUAAUAUUUUAAUUUAUGUUCCGACUUCAUUAUUUAUUACCGGAAGAUGGAUGGGGAGUGUGGACUUAUGAAGACUUUAAGAUCAAAAUACCUUAAUAGAUUUUAUCAACGAUAUUUCAGCAGAAUGCAAUUAUACUAAAAAUAAUACUCAUCAUAUUGAAUGGUUGUUGUUUAGUGAUGAGCUUUAUGCGGAUAAAAUUGAUGUACUAUUAUAAUAAUGUCACUUGGCAUAUCUUUUUUAUGCCUCAAGUUUCAAUACUCAUAGAUUUUGAAUCAGAUCCAACCCUUUCAAUUGUAGCUAUUUUUUUAUUGUUACUCCAAUCUUUUAUAAAUUUAUACUUUAACAGAGCAACUAAAUUCUUACAUAAUAAUCCAUUUAUAAGAAAGUAUACUAAUCUUACACUUGUUUCUAUAGCUAUUGAUACUCUUUGCUACAUGAACUUUCAGUUUUAUUUAAUUAGAUUGAUUUUGCUUCAUUUUUCAACAAUAGUCUAAAUAGUUGAUGUCUAUGCAUUUCAUCCCUACAAGCCUAUGUUCAAUUCAUUUGUAUUUCAAUGUUCCAUGCUACAAUACACUCUCAUUAUAAUCACCAGUGUAUCAAUUAUCCAAUAAUCAGAGAACAAUUUAUUUUAUUCAUACUUCCUAUUCGGUACAUUCUCAGUGGCAUUGUCAUAAAUUAUUAUAGAGAAAUGUUCUAAAAAGCAAACCUUUGAUUAGUAUUUUGUCUUGGUCCAAACCUAAUAGUUAUACUUGGCAUCAAAUUUUUAUAAGACAAUAUUGAUUAAUCAACAUAAGUAGAAUUGCAAAUUUAAACAUUAAAGCAAUUUAACUGAAACCAUUAUUUGCAUACUUGAAAACUCAAUCAUUAAAAAUAAGCAAAUAAAAUUAGAUUACGAAAUCUUAGAAUUAGCCUUAAUUAAUUUCUUAUCCUUAUAAAAAGCUGCAUUAACAGCCUUCUGUAGACUAAAAUAGUACUAUAAUGCCAUUGAUGAUCAUACAAUUUAUUUUUAAAUAUGCUUCCCAAACAUAGAUAAGAAAUUAUGGAAGAGAGUGAGAGACGUUUAGAAUAGAAUUACUAAACAAAUUAGAUCUACUCAAUAUUAUGAUGAAAGGGAUUUAAAAACAAAGGAUAUAUAUAUUGCUUGUUUGAUGAAAGAUUAAUUCUACCCCAAAAUCAUAGAAGUCCUCAAUAGAAAACUGGAGUACUGGAAUAAAUUAUUGUCAGAUCUUUCAAAUUAUGAAAGACUCUUUGAACACACAAUCAAAUGUAGUCAAGUAAUGAAUGAUUUCAACAACUUUCUCACAAAUCUAUUCUCUUAAGAUCUAGAUGAAAUUUAAAAUGUUAAGACUGUUAUUGAAUUGAAGAUGCUUGAAAUCUAUUUUUGUGUAGUCAGAAACGAUUAGGUUUAGGCCACAAAAAUGUAGAAACUCAUUAUUGAGAUGCUUAGAUAGGAAACACAACAAGAUGGAAAACUCUUAAAUUGCAGUAUCCUGGAAAAUAAAGUUGUUUUAUUGUACACUAGCAUCGUUAAAGCCUAAGGAUUUAUAAUUAAGACCAAUAGUGAUUAAUUGGCACAGUUUUGGGGUUAUGAAAAUGAAUUAGAUUUCCAUGAGAUUAAACAUAUCAACUAAUUGAUGCCAAACUUUUGUGCAUCUGUUCAUGAUUAAUACAUUGAGAGAUUUUAGAUUUUAGGUCAUAGUAUUCUUUUUGGGAAAUGUAGAACUAUCUUUCUCAAAGAUAAAUAUGAUCUACUCAUUCCAGCCAGCAUCACUAUUGAUAACUUCUUUAUUAGCUAUGAUGAUUAUGUCAUUACUGCUGCCUUUGCCAAAAAUAAAGAAACAUCCUUAUACAUACUGUUUGAUUCCAAAGGUAAGAUACUUGGAGUCACUUAAUUAUUGUAUAAAGUAUUUCAUUCAAUAGAUCCAACCAUCACACCAGAAAUUUUGAACGCUGGGUAUAUAUUUCAGAUUAUUCCCAAUAUUUUCUAUUUGGUUAACAAUCAUACCAAUUCUGAAUUUGAUAAUCUUCCUUAUGAAGAAAGGAUUCUUUUGAUGAUCAGUAGUCCGAUUAAAUAGUAGUUUGACAGACCAAUUAAUUCAUCUAAACAUAAGGGAUAUUAUGAUGGUCUUUGGACACUUUAUGAAGAUACUAAAAAUCACAAAACAGAAAUGUUUCUCCAAGAGUAUUAAGAUUCUUGUAAACAAUAAAUAAAUCACAAAUUGAAAACCAUCAAUUUUGAAAUCAUAUGUCAACUUCAUUAUUAGUUAAUUGGCCAUUAUAAAACUAUGCCAAUGUUUACUUUAGAAAUUUUGGAUAUAUUCAAAGCAGACUUAUCAUCCGGUUUAGAUUAUUCAUCAGAUAUUGAAAUGAAAACUAAUGAUGCAUUUGAACCAGAUCCAGUUGACUUGAGCUCCAUUUAAGAGGAGAGUUACAAGAAGGUGGAGUAUAAUGAUUUGACAUAAAUUGACCCUCCUUUAAAAAUAAAUCCUGAAGUUUCUAAUACUAAAGGGAGAUAUGAAUAGCAAAAAAAUGAAUUGACUAUGAGAAACAAUAAAUAAUUCAUGGAGCCAUAAUCCCAAAAAGCUAUAUUUUAGAUAAUCAAAUAAAAGAGUUUAAAUGAAGAUCUAAAAAGCAUAGAGGAGGAAAUGAAAAUUAUCAAGGCUAAUAAAAAUUAAAGUUAAAAGCAAUUUAUGGUUAAAGAGAAGUAGCAUGAAGAAGAACAUAAAAGUUCAGAAAAAAUAACCAAAAGAAAGAACAUUAUUGAUUAAAUCUAAGAAAAACGCAAGUAGGAUAUCAAUGAAAUGGAUGCUGUUAAUUCUGUGAACUCUAUAGCUUCUAACUUAAUCAAUUACAAAUAGGAUCUUGUGAAAAGUGUAUACAAAUCAAACAGAUUACUUUAUUCACUUAAAAUGAUCAUCAUCUUUGACCUAAUGAUUAUCGCCUCGAUAUUAGUCUUUAACGUAUUUCCUAUGAUUACAAUUCAUAAUAACAAUCUCCAUGCAAUUGAAUAGAUCGAUGCUAUAAUGGCUCCAUAUUUGUAUAACUCUUACUAUUGUUAAUUGUAUGUUCACAAUAUGAUUUUUGAAUUGUAAAAGCUUUAAAUUGUUGAUUAUAGUGAAGAAUUAAUUAAUGACAUAGAAACAAUCAAUAAAAAUAAUACGCUCCUUGAAGAUCUAAGCAAAUAUUAUCCAGUCUUUUUAGAAAUAGAGAAACUAGACUACUUUCCUACAUUAAAUAUCAGUUUCAUAAAUACAGCAGAUCAAAUGAAUGUGUCAUUCACUUAUAUGUAUAGUGUUUUAAUAGAGAAAUUAUAAUAUUUCACAUAAAAAGGUUAAAUCUUUGCAAAAUAUUAGAUGAAUGAAUCAGAGAUUAUUUCAUCCUUGUACUUGUAUGCUAAUCUAUAGGAAAGUAUAUCCCUGUAUUCUGACUUAAUUUAGUUGAUUGUGUAAACCUUUUUUGAAGAUAUGAUUUAUGAUGAAAAUAAUAUACUUAAAUACCUUUUGGUUGCACUCUUCACAAUAAUCUUUUUAUUUUGGGUAUAGAUCAUCUAUUUUCAUCAAAUAUUCAAUUAUUUUAAGAAGAUAAUAUACUUAAAUUGUAGACUUUUAGAAAAGGAUGUUCAUCUAAUAGUGUAGAGGCUUUAAUUAAUAAGAGAGAUCUUAAUUGAACAUACUGUUACAAGUUGGAAAAAAGCAGAUUACGUUCAUUUGAUGUUUCAAUCCAUAAAAUCUGAUCAAAUGCAAAUACAAUCAAAAAUAAAUAAGCAUACACUUCUAUGCUCGAGAAUUGCUUAAAGUAGAUUUUCUCUACUCUCCAUUCUCUUAAUGAUUAUAUCUGUUCAAGUAUUCAUAUUAAGUUUCUGUCUUGGUGGGUACUUUUUUAAUUAAAUAUAGUAAACAUAAUUAACUCCUUAAUAUGAAUUGAUGUCUGAAUUCUUUUAAUUUUCAGUUACAAUUGAUUCCAUGAUUACUCAAUCUGUUAGAGUAAAAUGUCAAAGACUCUAUAUGCAGAAUAAUAGAAUUAAUGAAUCAAUAACAGUUUAAAAAAAUUUGGUUAACUAAAAACUUAUAGCUAUUAGAACAACGAAUUUAACAUUUUACUCUAUUUUAUAUCAAAAUUUUAUAGAAUCUGAAGAACAAAUACUUAAGGGAUUAGUUAAUGAUGAUUCUGUUGAUAGAUAAAAUAAUUCAACUUUGUAUCAACUAUUCUUUAAUGAUCUUUGCCCAAUAGUGUGUCCAAAUUCUACCAAUUAAAAAGAUUAGAAUAAAUAUUAUGUAAGUGAAGGCAUCUCUGGGAUAUAUUCAAGUCUAAGUAAAUUUAUUAAAAGUACUUUCAAUUAUGAAUUGGAAAAUCUGAAAUAAGAUCCGGAUGUCAAAGCUUAAAUAAGCGUUGUAAAUUCCCAUGAAUUUAUUGUAUUAUUUUCAAGGCAUUUUCUAAACACAAAAAAAGCAUUCAUAAAAUUCUAAGAGGAAAUACUUGCUAAAACUUAUUAAGUUAUCAAUCAAAAUGAUAUAGAAAUUUAAGCUUAUUUUGCAUGCGCUUUAAUUCUGGAAAUCAUAAUUGCAGGAUGUACAUUUAUAUAUUGUAUAAAAAUAAAACAAAAACAAAUAUAGCUAAUGAGAUUGUCUUUAAGUAAUAUUCCAAUAGAUCUAUUAGAUUAACAAUCAAUCAGCAUUCUUAAAACAUUAUGA